AUGGCGGAGAGGCUGGUGCCGAGCACGAAGAAGGCGAUGGAGCACCGGGAGGAGAAGCCCAAGGAGCCGUCGAGCGACCCGGACCCUGACCUGGUGACGCUGGUGCCGGGGCAGCAGCCGCAGCUGCAGCGGGAGCACCAGCCGCCCAACAUCUCGGAGAUGAAGCCGCUCACGCGGGAGGCGUACGGCGGCGGGAUGUACGGGACGGAGGAGGGCGGCCGGAGGGACCCCGCGCGGCCGCGUGCCAGCGCCACGCAGAGCGCCGACGGGCCCGAGGAGCAGCGUGCGCCUCGGAGGCCUAACCACCCGCCGCCGCCGUCCACCGGCGACCGCGACCUCGACAUCACCGGACAGUCCUACAUCCAGUAG